CUACUCACUUGACGCCGGUCAGUCGUCGUGCUUAUACAUAACUCGUACGUAGAAUAUAAUGACAGUUAGUAUUGUGUUAGUUUUGCCAACGACAUGCGUGUUUUAUUCCUAGUUACUGCUUUAAGUUUUCUGUAUUUGUGCGAGACAUACGAUAUGAUUAUUGGUGACACAGUGCACAGAAAGAUGGUGUUCCAUCAGAGAGUCAAAGACUUCGCGAUACCUUUCAAGAAGAGAAUAAAGUUAUUGUCUUACAGUGAUCCGGAGAAGCGAAUUAUUAAGGGUGUCGCUGCGAUAGACAAUGAUUUCUCGCACGCCAGCGCGAAUAUCACAGAAGGUGGAGUUGGCUGCUCACACGUGACAGUGAGAAUGAAGAGUCAGAGGCAUCAUCCGUUGAACUUUGAGGUAGAGAUUUAUGUGUAGGAAAAUGUUUAGAAGUACUGAAAGACGCGCAACACACAGGGUUACGAUAGAAUCGAGGCGCAGCAUCUUAUAGAGGGCUUCGCCCGCGUGGAUUUCGGUUUUUUUUUAAUCCUGUAGGAACUCUUCGAUUUUCCGGGAUAAAAAGUAGCCUAUGUCCUUCCUCGGAAUGUACCCCAAGUCUGUACCAAACAUUAAAAUCGGUUCAGCGGUUGGGCUGUGAAAACGUAGCAGAUAGACAGACAGACAGACACACUUUCGCAUUUAUAAUAAUAUUAAGUAUGGAUAAGUCUUAUAGAAUGUUAAUAGAAAUUAACAACUCAAACUCAGCUUUACCUAUUUUCAUUGCGUAUGACGAUGUAUGUGCGUCGCUCCCUCUAAGUCUCCUUUUUGGCUUGUUUUAAUUAUACUAAUUUCAACCGUAUCUCAAAGUGCAUAUAGCUGAGUUUAAGUUAU